AAAGUCUCUGCUCUUGAGAGCAGAGGUCUCAAAAACUAAAACUGAAUGAGGGUGCAGGAGCACAGGAGAAAGAAGAAAAGGCGCUUCCAGGAUGCUGGGCUCCUUCAGCAUGGUCAACAGUAUGUUCCAGGUGCUGCCUUUGGCACUCUGCCUUUUCACCAGAGUCAUGCCAGUGUUGCCAAUAGCACUGGACCCCUGCUCUGCUUACAUUAGCUUGAAUGAGCCCUGGAGGAAUACUGAUCACCAACUAAGGGGGGAUGAUGGUCAACCUGCCUGUGACAGUCAUGUCGAUGGGGAAUGGUACCGCUUCACAGGCAUGGCAGGAGAUGCCAUGCCCACUUUCUGCAUACAAGAGAACCACUGUGGCACCCAUGCACCCAUCUGGCUGAAUGGCAACCACCCACAAGAAUCAGAUGGCAUCGUGCAGUGCCAAGCCUGUGCCAGUUUCAAUGGAAACUGCUGCCUCUGGAACAACACCGUGGAUGUCAAAGCCUGUCCUGGAGGGUACUAUGUCUACCGUUUGACUAAGCCCAGUGUCUGCUUUCAUGCCUACUGUGGCCAUUUCUACGACAUCUGUGAUGUGGUGGACUGCCAUGGUACUUGUUCAGAUCCUGAAUGCACUUGUUCUGAGGGAACCAUCUUGGGUCCGGACCAACAAACCUGCCUGGAUGAAAAUGAGUGUGAACAAAACAACGGUGGCUGCAGUGAGAUUUGUGUAAAUCUGAAGAACUCCUACCGCUGUGAAUGUGGGGUUGGACGUGUGCUGGGAAGUGAUGGCAAAACCUGUGAAGACAUCAAGGGUUGUCAAAACAAAAAUGGUGGCUGCAGCCAUUCCUGCCUUGGAUAUGGAACAACUUAUCAAUGCGAGUGCCCUCGAGGGUUGGUGCUAUCUGGAGACAAUCACACUUGCCAAGUCCCUAUGAGAUGCCAGUCAAAUGCUAUUGAAGUAAACAUCCCAAAGGACCUAGUUGGGGGUCUGGAGGUCUUCCUAACCAACACGUCCUGCCGCGGGGUAUCCAAUGGCACCCAUGUCAAUAUUUAUUUCUCCCUCAAGACCUGUGGCACCGUGGUUGAGGUGGUGAAUGAUAAAAUCAUCGCUAGCAAUCUAGUGACAGGGCUCCCCAAGCAGAUGCCAGGCAGCAAUGGCGACAUCAUCAUCCGUACCAGUAAGCUGCUGAUUCCGGUCACCUGCGAGUUCCCUCGACUCUAUACCAUUUCAGAAGGCUACAUGCCCAACCUCCGUAACUCUCCACUGGAAAUUAUAGGACGGAGCCAGGGGGUCUUCCCUUUCACUCUGGAGAUCUUCAAAGAUAAUGAUUUUGAUGAACCCUACCGGGAGACACUACCCACCCUCAAGCUACGGGACUUGCUUUACUUCGGCAUCGAACCUCUGGUGCAUGUGAAUGGGUUAGAAACCCUGGUGGAGAGCUGUUUUGCAACCCCUACAGACAAGAUUGAUGAGAUCCUCAAGUACUACCUUAUCCGUGAUGGCUGCGUGUCAGAUGACUCAGUAAAGCAGUACACGUCCCGGGAUCACCUCACAAAGCACUUCCAAGUCCCUGUCUUCAAAUUUGUGGGCAAAGACCACCAGGUGGUGUUUUUGCAUUGCCGAGUCCUAGUCUGUGGGGUGCUGGAUGAGCAUUCCCGUUGCGCCCAAGGUUGUAACCGGAGGAUGCGGCGUGAAGCAGUUAUGGACCAAGGAACUCACCUGCAGAAUCACAUGCUAAGUAGUGGCCCAAUCAUCAUUGACUUGGAGGACUAGCAACAAAUCUGCCACUACAUUUUUGGUCCUGGCAUUUUAGUAUGAAUUGUAAAUUUUCCACUAAGCCUUCUAAGAAAAUUGAAUCAGCAUCCAAGAAAGCUUGUCAUUCAAUGACACAUUAUUUGCUUUCAUCUUACAGUUGUUGAAGAUGCUCAUGCCAUCUAACCUUUUCUGGGUCCUGUUCUACAUGGUUUGCAAAGAUCAAAACCUUGCCAAAUGGCUUGCUUAUCCUAUAGUUAGCCUGAUACUUCUGUUGUUGAAUGGAGGACCAGCCAUUCAAAAGAUCUCAUUUCCCCCAUCACACUCCUUUUUUGUGGUUUUAUUUCUCUUCUUCCAACAUCUCAAAUAAUUCUAUGCACCAGUGUAGUCAAUCAUAAGAAACAAGUCAUUGGGAGCCUUGAGGCUGGCUUUCAGAUCUUAUAUUUAGAUAACCUCAGAGACCUUUGUUCCCAAAGAAAAGUCAGGGAUUUGAUAAACAUGGAUAUAGGGAGUAGACUUAUAAUAAAAUAAAAUUAAAAGCCAGGGGCCAGUGGUAAUGAAGCCACUAACACAAUAAAUCAGGCCACAUUUCAAAUUUGAAAUCAUAGAAAUAAUGCUAGGGGGAAAAAAUGUUGUGUGAAAUUAUACUUUUCAAUUUCCUUAAACUAUCAUUGUACCCUACCAUUUCCAAUAGGCAUUCGGGGUCACUACAAGGAAAAGAGGUGCUUGUAAGCAUAGUAGUGUUUAAUAAAGGAAACUAUUAGGUUUUUCUCUAAAAUAGUAUUUUCUCUUUUUUUGUUUUGAUUUGCUUAUUGGUCUCAUAUUUUUAUAUUGUCUUUGUCAUCUAAGGUCAAGAGAAUUGUCCCAUUGGCCACAGUACUGAGCACAUAGUAGGCUCUUUAAUAAAUCUUUUUUUUUUUUAAAUUAAUUGAAGACUGUGAUUGCCGGAAAAACAGAGCAGUAUUUCUAUCCCUUCCCUGCCUUCUCUGCUUGAUUCACAUCCCACGAUUGUCUCCCAGCUGCCAUUACCCAGGUCAUUACUUCUUCCACUAUUCACCUUUUCUUCUCUGCACCCCUCUUACUUUCCACUGCCAACAUCUGUGGGUUUAAGAGACACUCUCUGAGACAGGCAACUCCUUCUUGGCGUGAAUAAACCAGCAGUCAGACUAUGUUUGAUGCCAUGGCACAACAUUGAAUUUGUCCCCCUCCCCAUACCACCCAAGACAGUUAUGGCUAAUUGCAACUAUAGUUCAGUGAAAGGAGCCCUGAAUAUGCAGUUAAAUAUCCUUGGUUCAAAUCCUGAUGAUUAUGUGACCUCAGGCAAAUCAUUUAACCCAUCUGGGCUUGUUUCCUCAUAGUAUAAUGAAGAAGAUAGGAUAAAAUUUAAAAAUCACUAAGAUUCUGUCUAGCUCUAAAUCUGAUCGCCCACAUAGAAUGAUGUCCUUUUUUUGUUUUGUUUUGUUUUUAGAGAUUUCUUUUUUUUAACUAUGUAACAUUUUUACAUUUUAAUUCCAAAAUUGUCUCCCUUUCUCUAGCCCCAUCCCACUCAUUUAGAAGGUAAGUAACAUUAAUCUCAUUAUAUAAUAUAUAUAUGUAUACUCAAUAUACAUGCAAAACAUAUAUCCAUAUUAGCAAUGUUACAAAAACAAAAAAAAAAGUGGAAAAAAGAUAGUGGGGAAAAAGUGAACAAAAAAUAUGCUUCAGUCUGUUCUUAGUUUUCAGUUUUCUCUCUGAAGGUGGAUAGCAUUUUUCGUCAUGAGUCUUUUGGAAUUGUUGGGGAUCAUUGUGUUGUUCAGAGUAGCUCCAUCUUUCACAGUUGAUCAUUGUACAACAUUGCUGUUUUUUGUACAUUGUUCUCCUGGUUCUGCUCACUUCACUUUGCAUCAGUUCAUAUAAGACUUCCUAGAUUUUUCUGAAAAAAAUCCUGUUUAUCAUUCUUAUAGUACAAUUGUAUUCUCUCACAAUUAUGUACCACAAUUUAUCCAGCCAUUCCCCACUUCAUGAGCAUCCUCUCAGUCUCCAAUUUUUGCCAUCACAAAAAGAGCUACUGUAAAUAUUUUUGUACAUAUGGAGUUCUUUUUCUUUUUUAUCUCUGUGAUAUAUAGAACUGGUAGUAGUUUUGCUAGGUUAAAGGAUUACACAGUUUUAUAGUGCUUUGGGCAUGGUUACAAUUUGUUCUUCAGAAGGGUUAGAGUUUACAGCUCCACCAAGUGUAUUAAUGUCCCAAUUUUUUCACAUCCUCUCCAGCAUUUGUUAUUUUCCUUUUCUAUCAUAUUAACCAAGAGUCGUCUUAAUUUGUACUACUUUAAUUAGUAGCAAUUUAGAUAAUUUUUUCAUGUGAUUAUUGAUAGUUUUGAUUUCUUCUUCUGAAAACUGUAUGUUCUUAUCCUUUGACCAGAGAAUAGCUUUUGUUUUAAUCAAUUUGGCUCACUUCCUUAUAUAUUUGAGAAAUGAGGACUUUAUCAGAGAAAUUUAUUGUAAAUGCUCAGAUUAUUUUGACGAUUACUACUUUAAAAUAUGACUUGAAAUCUGAAA